UCUUGAUGUUGUUGUGGCACGCGUUCUCUUCCUGAGUGUGUAUAUUUGAUCUGUCAAGUUCUGGCCCCCUACUGUCUGUGCAGUUCCCGGGCUUUACAUUAGUUGAAGUUCGUUGAAUUUGUUUUGAUUGCGUUGAUUGAGUUUGUUUUACUCAGGAUUUGCGGUUUUUUUUUCGUUUGAUUUUGUUGUUUGACGGGAAAAUGAGUGAUUGAUCAGUGAAUGUGGUGAUUUUUUUGGAUUUUGAUCAGUGUUACUGCCAUUGUGUGAUAUUGGAAUUAGUUUAGGACGUAAGUGUGAAUUGUGGAAUGUGGUGUUUUUUGGUUUAAGUAAGUUUGAGUUGAGGCAAUGGUGAACGAAAUGGGAAGUAGAAUCUAGUCUUUUAGGGGAAUAUAUUGUUGUCUAGUUGGAGUCGCCGAUCGUCGGUGUCAGAUUGCAGGGUAUUUUAUUGCGGAUGAACUUGAAGGGAUGCAUAUGGAUUUGCAGUGAGACCGCAGCAUGUAGAAAGAUACAGAGAAUAUGCUAAUAUCUACAAGGAGGAAGAGGAGGAAAGAUCAGACAGGUGGAACAGUUUCCUGGAGCUGCAAGCGGAGUCUGGACAAUUGCCUGUAAAUGGUUUAUCUUUGGUGGAUGAUAACAAGGCAUUGCAUUCUGAAAGAACAGAGCAGGAGACUGGUGAUGGUUUAGAGAAGGGUGAUGAUUUAAGCAGUGAGAAGGCUGGCCCUGAUGUUUCACCUAAAGAUCUUACUGAAAAUGAAGAGAAAAAGUUAAUAGCCAAUAAAAAAAUUCAUAGGGUCCAAAUAUGGUCUGAGAUUAGACCAUCCCUUCGUGCCAUUGAAGAUAGUAUGAGCAUCCGUGUCAAAAAGAAGGGCAAUCAACCAAAAGACCAGAGAGAGACCAAAAAAGAGCUUCCUUCUGAAGAUGCUACUUCAGCAAAAGCAGAGCCCGAAGAGGACUCUGAAGACGAGUUUUAUGAUGUGGAAAGGUCAGAUCCAGUUCAAGACAUCCCUUCCAGUGACAGUGUUAGUGCCGCUGCCAUAGUUGCUACUGCUGCUUGUAUAUUCCCUCUAGAAUCUUUGUUCCCCUGGAAAGAACUGGAGGUUCUUGUUCGUGGAGGUGUCCCAAUGGCACUUAGGGGCGAGCUCUGGCAAGCAUUUGUGGGUGUGAGAACACGUCGAGUGGAGAAUUAUUACCAGGAUCUACUUGCUUCAGAUUCUAUUUCAGGAAAUCAUGUAGAACAACAGUCUAACAGUGAUUCUAAGAGUUCAACUACAGAUCCUAUUUCCAUGACUGAGAAAUGGAAAGGGCAGAUUGAGAAGGAUUUGCCACGGACAUUUCCAGGUCAUCCCGCUUUGGAUGAUGAUGGAAGGAAUGCUUUGAGGCGGUUGCUUACAGCAUAUGCUCGGCAUAACCCCUCUGUUGGGUACUGCCAGGCAAUGAACUUUUUUGCUGCGUUUUUACUACUUCUGAUGCCUGAGGAAAAUGCCUUUUGGACACUAAUGGGCAUUAUUGAUGACUAUUUUGAUGGUUAUUAUUCGGAGGAAAUGAUAGAAUCUCAGGUUGACCAACUUGUUUUGGAGGAGCUAGUGCGCGAAAGAUUUCCUAAAUUGGUAAAUCAUCUGGAUUAUCUGGGAGUGCAGGUUGUGUGGGUUACUGGACCAUGGUUCCUUUCAAUUUUCAUGAACAUGCUUCCAUGGGAAAGUGUUCUACGAGUUUGGGAUGUGCUCCUUUUUGAAGGAAAUCGCGUCAUGCUAUUUCAGACUACACUUGCUUUGAUGGAGUUAUAUGGUCCUGCUUUAGUUACCACUAAGGAUGCAGGAGAUGCAAUCACUUUGUUACAGUCACUGGCUGGCUCAACCUUUGACAGCAGUCAACUUGUAUUGACAGCUUGCAUGGGUUAUCAAAAUGUGAAUGAAAUCAGAUUACAAAAGUUGAGAAAUAAGCAUCGACAUGCUGUUAUAAAUGUGGUUGAGGAAAGAACAAAAGGGCUUCAAGGAUGGGGAGAUUCACAGGAUCUGGCAUCAAAGCUCUAUAAUUUUAAGCAUGAACCAAAGUCAUUGUCAAUAGAGAUAGAUAAGCAGAAUAGUGGUGAUUUAUCUCAUUCAGGGUCUGGAAGAUCCACUAAUGCAGAUGAAGUUCUUAUAAGCUGGACAGGGGACAUGGAGAUAGACGGUGUUCCAGAUCUUCAAGAUCAGGUAGUGUGGUUGAAGGUUGAAUUGAGCAAGUUGCUAGAGGAGAAAAGAUCUGCUAUACUCAGGGCAGAAGAGUUGGAGACUGCUUUGAUGGAAAUGGUCAAGCAAGAUAAUCGACGGCAACUAAGUGCUAGGGUUGAACAGUUAGAGCAUGAGGUUUCUGAGCUGCGGAAGGCCCAUGCUGAUAAACAGGAACAAGAAAAUGCCAUGCUUCAGGUUUUAAUGCGGGUAGAACAAGAGCAAAAGGUAACAGAAGAUGCUCGUAGAUAUGCUGAACAAGAUGCGGCUGAACAGAGAUGUGCUGCUCAAGUUCUUCAGGAAAAGUAUGAAGAAGCCAUGACAUCAAUAGCUGAAAUGGAGAAAAGAGUGGUCAUGGCAGAAUCAAUGUUGGAGGCUACAUUACAGUAUCAAUCUGGACAACUUAAAGCCCAACCUUCACCAAGAUCCUCUAACUCAUAUUCACCACAAAGCAAUCAAGAGUCUGCACAAGACAUUCCCACAAGAAAGAUUGGUUUGCUAGCUAGACCAUUUGUGCUUGGUUGGCGUGACCAAAAUAAGCAGGCGAAACCAAAUGCUGAGGAGGCGAACAAUACCAAAUCAUCCAAUGAGGUACAGGGUCCAAGCACUGAGCAGAAGGUCGCAAAUGGCAUUUCAGUUUAAGGUAAGGAGUAGAGACUUGCAGGUUUUUCAUAAUGAUAUUCUACAAAUGUGAAAUCUCUCAAGUUGCUGUUGGUGAGGUUGAUAUAUUGUGUGUAGUAGUGCAAUUUCAGGAAGAGCAUGGUAUAGAUUUUUUUUAAAAAAAUAUAUAUAUAAUUCUUUGACCUGUAAUUUUUGAAUCAGACAGCACUAUAGAGUUACAUCCAUUCAUUGUUUGUGCAUUAAACUGUAAUAAUUGUCGCAUGGUGAUGAAGAAUGUAAAACAGUCAUGAGAUUCAAAUAGUGAAAACAUUUUGUAUGAUCUUUUUCAAUUA